AUGCAUCGGAAUCCUGAGCGUUCGAGAGGGUCGUCGUGCAGUGUCCACAGCCUCGAAGGCUCUCCUUGGACAAAGACGACGUGGGCAAUCUCUAGAUCUUCUCGCAAAGUCUAGAGAUCAAUAAAGUGGGUCAUUGAAUCGUCUCUGGCAGCUGUCACCCGGCGGAGCAGAAAAACGGCGACUUUGCGGCUCUCCGGCUGUCACCCGACAGAGAGGAGCUGGAUGGAGGUGGGGCGCAUGUCAAGGAGCUUCAUCCUCAGGUCCGCGCAGCAAGAGGAGGCUCUUCAUCGCAUCUGGUAUGCUCUCAAGAGGUGGCGACUGGUCUCCCGGUGGAUCGUCCUCUUCUCGACGACGGCUUGUUCGUCGAUCAAUCGGAGAUGA